UUGAUGUGAUUGUCACACUUGGAGGCCUGGCUGGGCGCUUCGACCAGAUCAUGGCAUCUGUGAAUACCCUGUUCCAAGCUACUCAUAUCACUCCUUUUCCAACUAUAAUGAUCCAAGAGGAAUCGCUCAUCUACCUUCUCCAACCAGGGUGAAUGGAAAGAGAGACAAAGGGGAAAUAUGUGUGAGAGAGAAUGCGUGCCUUCAGACCCACACCACUUGGUAAGUGAUGUCUGAUGGUAUAAAACCAACCAGGUGGAAGGGUAGUUGUAUCAAAGUGGUAGAAACACCAUAAGCAUGAGAAUUUAUAUCGAGUCCUUCAACUCCUACGAAGUGAAGUUUAACCAGUUAUUGUUGGUGAAUUAUUUUUAUAAUUGUUCCUCAGAAACAUAGGAAUGUGACAGACAUACUGAGCAAAGUAGGCUGUAUUAAUAUUUGAUUCCUCUAAAAACAAAGGUAUGAGAAGGUCGCUAUGCUUGACAUGUAGGUCUGUAUGCAUUGGAAAUCUGGGCUAGUAGGUUAUGAUUCCAGAUACAGGUGGGGGAGGGGACUCAAUUCACUUAUUUAUUUUACCUUUUUUUUUCCUGUAGGAAGUUUGAAGUACUGCCUUGUGAUUCUUAAUCAGCCUCUAGAUAAAUGUUUUCGCCAUCUUUGGAAAAAAGCUCUUUUAAGAGCCUGUGCUGAUGGAGGUGCCAAUCGCUUAUAUGAUCUCACGGAAGGAGAGAGAGAAAGCUUUUUGCCUGAAUUCAUCAAUGGGGACUUUGAUUCUAUUAGGCCUGAAGUCAGAGAGUACUACACUGUUAAGGUAGUACCUUUGGGCUGUUGGAGCAGAGAGCUGUUCCUCACACAGGGUAGUUAGCAUCUCUGGGAAUGAAUGCUGCCUGGUAUCAUGGACAGAC